GACACGGAAAAUCUGUAGGACGGAUAUUUUUCGAUUCGAGGCAUUUGCCACGCUGGUAUCAGCAGCUAUAACGCGUUAAGUACUCGAUUUCGCACUGGAUUCAACAACACGCGGAAAUAAGCGACUCUAGCGCCAUCUGCGACCCUCUAUCUGAAACUAUCGCGUGGUUCUUCCUUUUCUUUCUUGUUUUUCUAUCCCGUGUCUGCGGUCUCUCCGGUUCUCCCGGCCUCGUCAAUCUCGUCGUACGCUGGCGUGUGCGUGAAAACUCUCCCGCCGCAUCAACGUGCAAGUGGCACCGCAGGACCAUGCUUGCCCGGUCCCUCCGAAUCAUCAGAAACAACGUUCGCUAUUCUUGGAGCGCCGCCGAUCAGGCCAAGAAAGAUGCCGAGAAAGCGAGGUCUACGUUUUUGUUCAGCGAUCUUGAAGUGGAACUCAUGCCAGCCGCAAACAGGAAACCGAAGCCUGAUCCCUCGAAGCUUCUGUUCGGUCAGGACAUGAGUGACCACAUGUUCAUGGUGAGGUGGACCAGUGCUGACGGUUGGGACAAACCGAAGAUAUCACCUCUGCGCAAUCUUGAACUUCAUCCUGCAGCCAAAGUUCUUCAUUAUGCUCAGGAGCUUUUCGAAGGCUUGAAAGCCUACCGUGGCCACGACGACAAGGUUAGACUGUUCAGGCCAGAAAUGAACGUACGACGACUUCUAAAUUCGGCUGCGAGACUCGACCUUCCUAAAUUCGAUGGAGACGAGUUCUUGAAAUGUCUCUCUAAGCUUGUGUCCAUUGAAAAAGAGUGGGUUCCCAAGUACCCUAUGAGUUCCCUCUACAUUCGGCCAACGCUCAUAGGCGUUGAGCCCUCACUAGGAGUGGCACGGUCAAACGAAGCUCUCUUCUUCGUCAUCUUGAGCCCUGUCGGUCCCUACUUCCGUACGGGCAUCAAGCCAGUCUCCCUGCUCGCCGACCCCAAGUAUGUCAGAGCUUGGCCCGGAGGCACUGGCGACAAGAAGCUCGGCUGCAAUUAUGCUCCAACACUCAUGGUGCAGAACGAAGCCGAGAAACUGGGUCUUCAGCAAGUGCUCUGGCUAUUUGGAGAGGACGAACAAGUCACUGAAGUGGGUGCCAUGAACGUCAUGGUGCUUCUCAAGAACAGGGAUGGAGGCACCGAGCUGGUGACACCGCCACUGUCUGGAAUCAUUUUGCCUGGUGUCACACGCCAGAGUGUUCUUGAUCUCACAAGAGAAUGGAAUGAGUUCAAGGUCUCGGAGCGUAAGAUAACCAUGGCAGAAAUCAGAGAGGCCCUCAAGGAAGACAGGUUGUUGGAGAUGUUUGGCUGUGGGACGGCCUGCGUCAUCUGCCCGAUAGAGCGGCUAUACCACAGGGGCGAGAGCCUGCACAUUCCCACCAUGGAGCAGAGCAGUCCACUAGCUAACCGAGUGUUGAAAGCCAUCACAGACAUUCAGUACGGAGUUGUACCACACAGCUGGGCCAUAGAAGUCAAGUGACCUAGGACAUUGAAUUGAACAGUACUGCAAAUCGUCGUUAUGCAUGCUCUCCGAAAGUGUAGAUAUGUUUCCUAACGGAGCUUCUGGACACAUUGGCUCUAAUGGCACAGACUGAAUACAGCAGAUCGAUUGUGAAGAGACAUCCCUUAUCA